AUGGCCGCGAACGUGUGGAGGCCGGCCCUGGCUCGGAGGGCCAAUCCCUCCUUGUCCUGCCUCUCCUGUCAAUGGCGCGCAUUAUCCACAUCAUCACCACAACGCCUCGCCGACCAGAAGCCUCCCCCGCCUCCUCCUGCUACACCUGCCGCCCCCGCAGCCGAUGAGGAUGGCCCGACGAGUCAAUUCGCCGACGUGCCCAGAGCAUACGGCAAGCGCACCGACGAGUUCACCCCGAGGCCGCUCUCCCGGCCCAUCGGCGUGUCGCAGCCCCCGCAGAUCGGCGAGAACAGCGGCGUCGACUUCCGCUCCCUGCAGCAGCGGAGGGACGACUUUGUCAACUACGAGAAGCAUCUCAAGAGGCGGGAGCAGCUCAAGCAGAAGAUGGCCAAGCCUUACUUCCGCGAGUGGACCAACAUGCAGUUCCACAAGGGCAAGACCUUCCUCGCGCCGCCACGGCCCUUCAAGGGGGACCUGUCCCUGUACUUCCCCAAUCUGGUCGGCCAGACGCUCUCCAAGGAGAUAAGGACCCCGCAAGAUACGACGCCGACCCUGGCCGGCAGGGCCACUGUCGUGAGCAUGUUCAGCAGCAUGUGGGCAGAGAACCAGGCCGGAACUUUUGUCUCCAAGGAAGCGAACCCGGCUCUACACGAGGUGCUUGCGGCGAGCGGUGGUAAAGCCCAGCUUGUGCAGAUCAACGUGGAGGAGAACUCGCUCAAGGCAGCUCUGAUCCAGCUCUUUAUGGGCUCACUCCGGAAACGGAUCGGCGAGGCCAACUGGGACAAGUAUUUCAUUGUCCGCAAGGGCCUUACUGACGAGAUUUGUGAAUCGAUCGGCGUGCUAAAUAGCAAGGUCGGCUACAUCUAUCUCGUCGAUCACAACUGCAGGAUCCGGUGGGCAGGUAGCGGGCCGAGUGAGCCUGACGAGAGGGAUGGCCUCGUCAAAGGACUGCAGCGACUACUUGACGAGAUGAAGAAGGAAGCUGCGCAGGCACAGACGGGUCAGGGGCAGGCAUCAGCUGGCUCCGAAACGGAGAGCUCGUUAUAG